AGUUCCACCAAAGGCCACCUCAUCACCAAUUUCAGCAUCAUCCAUGUAGAAAUCGGACACGUCAAAUUUAGGCAAAAUUGGAUUGAUAUCAUCAGCAUAAUUAGCCUCCACAUUUUUUCCUUUUCCUUUUGUGGAAGCUUGGUAUAAUUUUACCAAGUGUUUUGCCGUUCGACAUUCAUUAGCCCAAUGUCCUUUUAUGCCACAUUUGUAGCAUUCACCACUUGGUUUUGGCCUUUCAUGAGUUUUAGGCUGUGGUGGAGAGAAAUGUGGUUCCCCUUAGAAGAGGAAGAAUAUUGGUGACCAAAUCCCGCGACGGAAGGGAAGGGAAGAAGGAGGAGGAGGAUCCCAAGCCCAAAUGGAUAUACGUCUUCAUUGUGCUGUCAUUUCUUCAGUGUCUUCUUCUCCCUGGUCCAACCCUAUAUUUCGCAGCCACCAAACCGCCCUUAAGCCUCUCUGUUCCAGAAGACACUCCCAGCGGAACGGAGAUAAUACCAAUGAUGAUGAUGAUAAGUUGUCAAUAGAUUGGGACAAGGCCUGGUCUAGCUUCAAGAAGAAUGGGAAGAAGACGUUCUUCUCACAGUUUUCACCAGACAGGUAUGUGACCUGGAAUCCUACCCGUUCUAACUACCCGCCAUCUGAAGAAGUUGAUCCCAUCAAGAGAUCAGAGAAGUUGAACCUUAAUCUAUGGACCAGUCCACAGUUCACUAUUGCAGUGACAAUUCUCAUACUAGUGUUUCUUCUGGUUUAUACCGUCGUUUUCCCACUGAAAUGAAAUGAUGUCUGGUUGAACUCAAUGUUGCGAAUCCCUCAUCAUCAUUUGGGUGAAUGGGUAUUGUAUGUUUGUAUGAUAUAGAUUUGUACAAAACAGAACAAUCACAAUUUGCCUUCAAUUAAUUUGCUUUAUUUUC